AUGGCGCUUGUGCGUUUGGCGUCGGCGUUAUUCGUCUGCGUCUUCGCGGCGGUUCGCUGUCUGGCUCUGGGUCGCCAGCGCGGUCAACUAUCGGUUGGCUACACGAUCCGCGAACUAAGCUACUCCAAUGUACCCUGUGCAACUGCAUCUAGAACAACGUCCGCUUUCAUCGGAAGCCACAGCGGGCGGUUCGGUGCUCACUCUGCCCAGCACGCUCGCAAUUCCUCUGCCGCCCUUGCGGCGAAGCCGAAGGAGAUCAUAUUGGCGGAUGACUGCCGCAAUAACCUGCUCGCCGGCGUCAGCACCGUCGCUGACACCGUGCGGGUGACCCUGGGUCCACGUGGUCGCAACGUUCUGCUGGAGAAGGAGUACGGCUCUCCCAUCAUCGUGAACGACGGUGUCACUAUAGCGCGGAACAUUGAAUUGGAAGACCGCAAGAUGAACGCUGGUGCCAAGCUGAUCCAAGAAAUCGCCACGGCUUCAGACGACCGUGCGGGUGACGGCACUACCUCGACCUCUAUUCUGGCAGCGGAGAUCGCCAAGAAGGGUGUGGAGUACGUGAACAAGGGACACAACCCGAUUCCCAUCCAGAAGGGUAUCCAGAAGACCUCAAAGCUGAUCAUUGAGGAACUUAAAAGCUUGAGCAAGCCCGUAGACGGCUACAACGACUUGCUCAACAUCGCUACAGUGGCCACCAGCGGAAACACCGUGAUGGGCGAGGUUAUUGCAAAGGCGUUCGACAAGCUCGGCGCCAAUGCCGCCACGGUGCUUGAGGAGAACCCAGCUCUGGAGGACCAACUGGACUUCACUGAGGGUUACACCUUCGACCGCGGUUUCGCCAACCCCUACUUCCUCCUGGGCGAGGAGAAGGACUCGAUUGAGUGGAGCGCGCCGCAGAUCCUCAUCUCCGACGGCAAGAUCGAGACCGCGCAGUCGGUGCUACCUAUUCUCGAGCACGCCGCGAAGUCCAAGACCCCGUUGGUCAUCAUCGCAGAGGACUUCGGCCCCGACGCCAUGCAGACGUUCAUCAUUAACAAGAUGCGUGGUAUGCUGAAGGUGGUCGCCGUGAAGGCCCCGUCAUUCGGCGAGCGCCGCAAGGACUACCUCCAGGACAUUGCAACCGCCACGGGAUCCACAUUUGUCUCCCAGGACGUGGGCAUAAGCUUCAACGACCUCACUGUGGACAUGCUUGGUAUGGCCAAGAACGUGGUCAUCAAGAAGGAUCGCACGUCUAUCCUCACUCUGCCGCAGUUCAACGAGGCCAUCAAACGCCGCAUUCAAGGCUUGAUGAACGAGAAGGAAAAAUCGACCUCGUCGUUCGACAAGCAGAAACUCGGUGAGCGCAUCGCCGCGCUAUCCGGCGGCAUUGCGCGCAUCCGCAUAGGCGCCGCCACCGAGACGGAAUUGAAGGAGAAACGGCUGCGUUACGAAGAUGCCAUCAACGCCGUCCGCGCCGCUAUGGAGACAGGUUUCGUGCCCGGUGGAGGUGUGGCCUACCUGGCCAUGCAGUCCCCGGCGUUCACCGCCAAGGCGGAGAAGCAUAUCGCAGACACCGUUAAGACGGAAAUGAGGCCAACUGACCCAGAGCUGGAGGGCGAGCGUGAUGAGGACGUUGAAAGCGAGAUCGAGUUGGAACAGGCGGGUGCCAAGAUAGUUCUUGACGCCAUGUCGGUCAUAACGCGGCAGAUCGCGGACAACGCCGGCGCCAGCGGACCGAAGGUCGUCGACCGCAUCAAAAACAGCGGCAAGCCGUUCGGGUACGGUUGGAACGCGAAGACCAACAGCUACGGCGACAUGAUAAAGCAGGGUGUCAUCGACCCCACGAAGGUGGUGAUGAACGCCGUGGAGAACGCCUGCUCCGUGGCCGGACUUAUCUUGACCACUGAGGGCAUGAUGGUGGAAAAGGAAACGGAUAAGAAGAAGUCCGAUUCUGGUUCUAUAGAGGACGCGUACGAAUGA